AUGGAGGCAGCUGCCUCGCCCGACUGGAGCUCGGACGAUGCGACGAGCCACGAGCGCCGGCAGGAGCGACGGUCCUAUCGCAUCUCGACCAUGGGCGCCCCGCCUGCCCGCAGCUUCGACGAGCCACGUAGCGGCCGUGAAGAUCGUCGACGCGCCGUCCUGGGCGAUGAAGCCGCGGGCAUCGAUCUGCGGCGCGGACUGCGGCGGCUGGAGGUCGCGGGCACGGGCCGGCGGAGCGAGGGUAGUGCGCUGCGGCCCCAACUGGAGCCGCCGAACGCGAGGAUGCGCUUCGGCUCGCCCAUGGUGAGGGCCCUCUUCAGGACUGCCGAGCAGGAGAUUGGACCCCAACGCCGACCCAGCGGGACGAGCAUCGAUUUGAGCGAUAUUGAGCAGAGCCAGCUGGAGGAGGAACGGCAGGACCGCAAGAAUAAGAAGAAGAAGAAGAAAAGCAAGAAGAAGCGGAAGAAGAGCAACGACAAGAAGAGAGGGAAGGAAAAGGAGAAGGAGACCACGACCGACGAACACGACGAUGAAGCUUCGCUGGUGAAGAGGACCAGCACGGGAGCAGCAACGACGACAAAGAAAAAGAAGAAGCCCUCGAUCGACGGAAGGAGAAGGAAGUCUUAUAUCUUCCCCAUCGAUGAAGCAGCUCAUUUGCUGCAAGAGCCGGCGGUUCCGUUGCACGUGUGGUUCUACCAGACGGUCCUCAAUUUCUUGUGGCCCCCGCUCAACUACUAUCGCCUCCACUUCCUCUACAUCUGCUGCUGCUCUGUUUUCGGCGGCCUCUUGAUCUAUCUGUCGCAGGGUCCUGGCAACAUGUCCUACACUGAUGCCCUCUUUCUCAGCACCUCGGCCGUCACCACUUGCGGGUUGGUCACGACGGACACGGCGAGGGUGAACCGGUUGGGCCAGUUUUGGGUGGUGGUGCUGAUGAUCGUGGGCAACUUCGUGCUUCUCACCCUCCCGCCCGUCUUCCUCCGCCUCUACUACUUCCGCAAGCACUUCCGCACCACCGGCCUCCGAUGCAAACGCCGAGUCGGUCGACUCACGCCUGGAGUUGGCACAGCCGAGUACAGCGCGCUGAAGUGGUUCGCGGCGAUCGUGCCGCUCUACUACUUUGCAUGGGUGGGCAUUUCGAGCUUCAUCAUCUCCUUCUACUUCUCCGUCAGCUCCAGCGCCCGAGACGUGCUUCGCCAAUACGGCAACAAUCCCGUCUGGUGGGCCAUCUUCCACUCAGUGUCUUCGUUCUCGAAUGCGGGCAUUUCGACCACCCCCAACAACAUGGUGGCUUUCCAGGACUACCCUUUCCCGCUCUUUGUCUCGUCCCUCCUCAUCCUUGCCGGUUACACGGCCUUCCCGCUGCUGAUGCGUUUCAUCGUAUGGUGCCUCUAUCGCCACAACAAACUCAUUGACUACCGGCCCGUGUUCAAGUACAUGCUCGACCACCCGCGUCGCUGCUUCACCCACUUGUUCCCCGCUGCCGAGACCAGGUGGCUGCUGCUGGUUUUCAUCUUCCUCAACUCGGUCGAGUUCUUGUCCGAGAUUAUAUUGGACUGGUACAGCGAAGCCUACCACGGGUUCACGCCCGGGCUCAAGCUCGCCAACAUGUACUACCAGACCAUUUCCAUCCGGGUGGCGGGAUUCAAUUCCAUCGACGUAAACAAGCUCAACACCGCCCUCCUGUGGCUCUACACCGGCAUGAUGUACAUCUCCGCCACGCCUGUGGCCAUCGCUGUGCGCUACACCGGCGCAGCCCGAGCGCAAGAAAUCGGCAUUAAGCGUGGUAUACCGAUGAACAAUACGCUGGCGGCGCAGGCGCAGAACAUAUUCGUAAAGCACACCAUCGUCCUGUUCGUGGCGGUGCUCUUCAUCAUUAUGAUCGAAGAAUUACCGCUCACCUCCGACCCCAACUUCUCCAUCUUCAAGAUCAUCUUCGAGAUCGUGUCUGCGUAUGGGCCAGUGGGUCUGUCGCUGGGGUAUGGGGACAAGCCGUACUCGUUUUCCGGGGCCUUCCGUGAUGGAUCCAAGCUCAUCAUCAUCUUCAUCAUGAUCCUCGGCAAGCACCGCGGUCUGCCGGAUUCGAUCGAUUCCGCCAUUUCGCUGCCCUCCACGAUGCAGCCGCGCGACCUGGAGCGAGGCGACGCGCCACGAACCAGCGCCGAGCGUCGCCGACGUCAGCGCUACGAGAGCGACGAUGAUGACCAUGAUCGCAACGACAAGCGUCGCGAUGAUGACCGCGCCGGGGGUGACAGCAGUGAUGAUGACGAUGACGGCGGGCCGACAAAGCGGGUUAAGCGCGUCGCGUGGGCGCUCUGGGAUUCACUGCUCGGGCACGACGACGGCCACCACCGGCCCAACGCCAACGCCAACUCAGACGACGACGACGAGGACCCGGGCCUCAGCGCCGCGCCCACCUACGGACAUAAAACGCUGGAGCGACAGGACUUCGGCAAGGCUGCUGCUACUGGUGUAUCGGACUUAAAAUCGGCCGACAGCGCGUCGACCGAGGAGUGGCGCGACCUGCUGCAGCCGCUGGAGAUGACCAAGGACCACCCGAUGCACGGGCGGCACCGCCGGAGCUACGACACGCUUCCGCUGCCCGCGCCCACGACAGAGCCUGAGCGUCAGCAGCAGGAACAGCAGACAUCGCCGGGUCAUCACCAUCACGACUUCGACGACAAACACAACUCUGGCAUUCACGACAGUUCGCUGGUGGCUGAUGACGACGGUGGCGGCCACCAUCUCCUCGUCCAGCACUACCACCACCCUCACCACCGCAACCUCUCCCUGCCGGCAGUCUUCCAGCGCCCUAUCGCCUGA